AUGAGUGAUCAUAAUCAGUGCAGUGGCGUAAGCUUUGAUCAGGAUAAUCCUGACGAAAUGGAGGUAGGCAUGCAAAUGCCUUCAUCUGGUCGAAAGCGCCUGCAUUCGAGCGGAAGUUCGAGUUCCUCUCAAUCUGACUCAUCCGAUUUAGAGGUAAAAAGGCGGAAAACGGAGCCAACACCGGGGCCUAGCACGUCAUGUUUAAAUUUUAAUUUAACACGGCCUGCGGCCGUUCAUGAGAGCUUCGUUAAUAACAUUCCCCGUUUAAAUUUGGGUGUUGUCAAUACAUCCUCUAAGGAACCUAAAGUACCUAAAGCUAAUCCGGAACAUUUGCACCGGCUUGAGGUUUUACAAAGAUUCGGUGAUACAGCUUGGAAAGAUGUUCGGUAUAAUGAUGUGUUAAAAAUCCAUAACGCCGCGCCUGGCUUCGUUGAGCUACAAAUUAAUGAUGAUCUUAGGCAAUUUAUUAAAGGCAAAGAUUACGUAGCAAGUUCUGAAAGAUUAAUAGCUGCUUUAUGCAACGCAUUGAUCUCUCAGCGAGAGGUUCUCAAUCAUUGUUUGCAGCAAUUUAUUGACUGGACAGCUUUACCUGACAGUACGCUGUCGCCUUCAAAUAUUUACGAUAAAAUAUCUGAGUGUUUCCUACCCUCAUCUAAAUUUCAUAAAAUUAGUGAGGAGAUUAUGCAAUUAGUGUGCGGGAAACGGGCGGAAUAUAUUGAAACUCGUAGGGAGCGUAUCCUUAGUGAGAUUUCAAACAAGAAUUUGCGUGAGGGUCUGCGUAAGAUUCCUCCGAGUUCUAGCUUUUUAUUUGACGAAACUCUACUGCGGUCCUAUAUUCAGAAUACGGGUGGAUCAGAUAAAUGGCUUCAACCUUGGUUUUCUUCUGAGAAGAGCCAGGCUGUCAAUAGUCGUAAAGUGCCUAGCAAGCCAGUUCAGCACAAUUUUCGAGACUUAUCAAAUCAGCCCUUUCGUCAAAAAGCUAGCGAGUCAAGUUAUCGGAAAAACCAUAGCACAAGCUCAUUCAAGCAGAACACUAAGAGCAAGAAAUCCCAAGGUAAAGUCAAUAGACGAACCAAGGGGCAACCUGAUAAA